AUGCUUUCGACCACCAGUGUUGGAACACAAGCAACCCCAAACCCCGGUCCAUGGAUCAUCAGCACUUCUCUCGACAAGCCGGAUCCACCCUUCACCACUGCCAAGCCCUGUCUCUAUGCUGUCGACAUGAAACUUGUCAACGAGACUGAAACCCAGGUCUUUGGCCUGUCUGAUAUCCACACGCACCGAGCCGCGAUUCAUUCAAUAUUGUUCACUGCCCAAGCAUUUCAGGACCUUUCUCUAGGGCAACCCUGUGGAAAUGUUGCGCAGUUUCACCUCGGCAAGACCCUUCAUCACCUCCAGCAAAGCCUCAAUGACAGACAUGGCGCGGUAGCCAUGGCCACCAUCGCGAUUGUGGCAAUGCUGGCAUCUGCCGCUGCUGUGUUUGGGGAUUUACAGACUGUCGAGAAGCACAUGGAUGGGCUGUACCGGAUAUUCGAGCUGCGAGGAGGAGUGGAAUCUCUUCAACGCGGAAGCCUUGUACAGCACAAGGCCCAGCGACUUGACCUCGCUCUCGCCAUGGGAACCAACCGCAAGCCGCGACUCUUCCUCCAAGAGGUUUCUUGGGAACCGCAAAUCGCCCCUGCAGGGUGUGCCACAUGGUACAAGGAACUCGAGGCGAUCUAUCCAUCACUUGAUCCAAGACUACUCGCCGUCUGGGCCGAUUUGAAGUGCUACUCCAAAAUAGCGAGCCGCGCCCAAUCUGGGCUCGAGGUAAAGCCAGACCUCUUCUUAUCGCUAAGCACUUCCGUUCCGAAUCGGUUACUUCACCUCGAGUAUGAUAGCACGUCACUGGCCGAACUCAUGAGGCUGUCAAUGUUGGCGUAUAUCAAGGGUCUUCUCUUUCAAAUACCUAGUAUCGGCAGAAACAUGCGAUACCUGUCGGACAGGUUGAGUCUCGCACUACAGGCCCAGCAGUAUCCGCCACCUCCAGAGCAUGCACGUUUUGCAUUUUGGGCCUUGUUCAUCUCUGGUUUGUCCAUCUUUGAGUCGUUCGACCAAGAAUGGCAUCGCACAGCCCUUGCAAAGACCGCAUCGAUACUUUAUGCUGGAGACUGGGCGCAGGCAAAGAAAUUAUUAGAGAGUGUUCUGUGGGUUGAUUGGAUCUACGAUGCAGGGGCUAAGGCUGCAUUUGAGGGACUAUUUGGUGUCACUUAA